AUAUUGCCAUACAGUAACUUUGUUUUAUUAGUGUUUUUAGUGUACAUAAAUGUAUAUGUAUUUAGAUAACUAAGGUCACUUGGAGGCGACAAUCUUUCCUGGAAGGUUCGCGAAACCAAUUAAAAGAAAAACCCCAUUUCAGAGGCAGCUGCUUGAGGAAUUUACCUGAUUGAUGAUCAGUGCGGAUUAGCGGACUAUCAUAAACAUUUUGCAACCCCAAAGCUACCUGCCAUUACUAUAAAACCGCGGUACAAUCACACAAGCAUCACAGUUACAAACUGGAACGUCUAACGUGAACAACGCACGAAGUGAAGAACGAUAUCCAAGAUGGUUCUAAGCAAUUCCACACCCAACCAGAAGCCGCACCACGAGCUGAUGAUGGACACGGCGGCCAUGAACAGCGAGGAUCUGAGCGAACUCCUCCAAUUGAAUGCAGAGAUAGAGGAAAGGCGUCGCUCUAGUCGCCACAGCAGUGAUGCCUGUGGCCUGCUCAGAGCCACCAUGACACGAGAGGAGCUCUUUGAGAUCUCCUCAAUGGAUGAUGAUCGUUUCCUGAGCGCCCUGGAGCAUCAGAACUCGUACGCCACGCCCAGCAAGUCCAGGGUCCAGGUCACGGACUUGGAUCUGUCCAGCAUUGAGAAUCUCAUGAAGUACUUUGACGAAGAGGUGCCCGUCACACCCACCAAGUCCGCAGAGGCAGCCAAACUGGUGGCCUGCUCCGGGAAGGUGGCCAGUGUCAUAGCCAAGCUGGCGGGACAGCAGCCAGAGAUGGUCGUCAGUCCGCCCAAGCCCAAGGUGGAUGCCGGCAAGGUAAAGAUUAGCGAACUCAAGCAGAAGUACGAACAGCCACAGCCGGAGACGCCGCAGUCAUCCGGCAGGGCAGGAGCCAGCAAGUCAGCUGGGAAAUUGCCCAUGAAAGUGAAGGAAAUGGCACAGCUUUUCAACUCGAAGAUUAGCCAGGUGAUGCGACGCGGCGAAGAGCCGCAAUAUGUUCAGCUGCACAACGAAUGCUCGCCCGAGGCCAAGCCCCAGCCGCAGUCGAGAUUGGAGUCACGACAGGGCCCCUGCCUGGUGGCCGAGGAGGUAUUCCGUGAGCUGAGUGUCCGGGAUAAGGCGUUGCUGUUCAACCAGUUCGUUGGCGAUAUGGCAGCAAAGCAUCCGAAAUUCACGGCCCAUGCGGCGGAUCUCAAGGCAAAAGUCAAGAAGCAGAUGGCCCGCGGCGAAGUGGUAGCCGAACAUCAGGCGAGUGUCAAGCUGUUGGCUCAAGAACUCGAGGCCAAGUGCAUUCUAGGGCCGGCCUCACCGCCGCGACCGGCAGGACUAUCCACGACCUCAAGUCCUCCGAAGGAAAGUAGUCCAGCUGUGGAGGAAAAGACAGCGACUUGCACAUCCCAUUUCCACGUGAGCACGUUGACGGUGAUCCUUAAGCCCAGCCCCGAGCGACGGGCCCCACAGCCCCGGCCAAGACGUUGCCUAGAGCGCCAGAGCGAGAGUCACGGGAGAGAGGGAUCCCAGAAGCGGAAUCUCGCCUCCAUUCGCAGUGUUCUACCCACCGAGGCCUUUGCCCCGCCCAAGAAGAUCCGACGAACCCGUCAGGAACGAACCGGCACCGACCACCAUAUGUUUUUUCAGAACGAGCCGCUGGAGAGCCUGUUCUACAGUUGGCUAAGUGCCGAGAAUGGUGUACAAUUCGACAUCACCUGCGUGUCCAACAGCGAGCAGACCAUUGAGAUUGCCCUGGAAGAUGGAGAGAUCUCAGAGCAGGCGCCACAAGAGCAGACGGCCGCAUCCAUGGGCGAAGUGAGCCAGAGAUCGGCAGUGGAGAGGCUCCUCGAGGAGGCCAUAGCCAAGCUGGAAAUGGAGAAUAAAGUAAAGGAGUCCAGCCAGUCGGAGGAAAAGGAAGUGGACACAAAAGACACGCCUACAGUGACGCCACGCAAGGUGAAGCGCCAGGCACCGCCUGUGCCUGCGCCACGUCCAAGUUUGAGUCAAACGCAGUCCACAUGCGCCAUGUCGAGCAGUUCUUCCAGCCGCAAGCAAUCGGAGGCCGAGGAAAGUGAAUCCGGGUUGUCUACACUACCAAAGAUUACCAGCGAUGAAUCCCAGCCCGAAAUGCAAAAGGAAAACAUGCAAACGACCGACUUUGACUUUGCUAAGCCGCUGCGUCCGCCCCGCAAGAAGAAAAUGCGGCGCACUCUGACGUGGAAAAAGGAAAACUCCAUUGUGGAGGCCACUGCCAAUGCCAUUACCUCCACGGACUCGGAUUCGGAUUACAAGCCAGCAAUGGCAGUGCCCACCAAAAAGAAGAUCCCCUCGAAUAUCGCCAUGCCCGAACAGAGCUACAUCGAGCUGGACAAAUCCCUGAUGCGGCAGGUGAACUCCCCGCGAAAGAUCAAGUCCGCUUACACCCUGACGGUGAUGUCGUCGCCUUCACCGAAUGCGGACAGCGAUCAGUCGCCGGCACAGACGCCCAGACAGUCCCUGGACCAGACCAUUAGGGGGGAUAGCUUCAUCGAUCAGGGCUUUGAGACAUGCUCGAACGAUGCCACCGAUAGUGGCAGUCCCUUGAGACGUUCCUCCAUGGGAACGUCGGGUGGCAAGCCCUCGGGAUUCUCCACACCCGUAAAAGGACGCCAUGCCGUGAGCCCGGCCCAACAGCAGCUCUUCAGUCCGAUUUUGACGCCGGCACAAGACAACAGACCGCGACGCAGCUCCUUGGCCAUGCAGGUGAUUCGAGAGGAUCAUCCGCUGGAUCUGGAUGCCACGCCCAGCUCUCCUCGAACGCCCUGCAGCGAGCGGGAGUUCUUUGCGAAUGCACCGACAAUGGAGAUGAACUCCUCACAGGACGAGAUGCCGGCACCCAAGCCGCAGUCGAUGUUCUGGAUAUCCGCUGGAGAUUUUACCGUCUCCCUAGAGAUCUUCCACAAUUCACCCGAGCGUUUGGGUCUGCUAUACGAGAUCUUCACGCAGAAGAGCUGGGAGACGAGGGACAUGGCCUUUGGCAUCGAUGCUCACAAGUUUACGAGAGGCGGCAGCCUGGAGGCCAAACAAUCGCUGCCCGAGCGUCCGCCCAGCGUGAAGGGAUGCUCCCAUUACUGGUUCGCCAGCGGUGACCUGGCAGUGCCCUUCAGCGGCAAACUGAUGUCCGGCGAGAAGGUGGCGCGUCUGUUUGAGUUCUUGGACGCGGAGCUGAACGACCAGGCGGAGCUGCGCUUUGGCGUGGAUCAUCUGGAGUUCAGCUGCGUGCCCGAGUUCUGGCCCACCACCCAAAAGUACUCCAUCGAGAGCAGCUACAGCAUGCUCGUGGGCCUGCAGACGGGAGCCAGCAAUGGACUGGAGGGACGCAGCAAGUACGCCUGGCCGAAUGUCGGCAGCAAUGCCAACAACACCAUCAAAACGAGCGACCUGGACCAAACGGAAUUCGAAUCGGACAGCUUCAGCAACAAUAGUGGCAGUGGAAGGCUCUCUUUCUCUCCGGAUAUGUUCUCCCUGGACUAUGAGGCAGUGCCACUCGACGAACUGUUCGCCAAGGCAGCCCCUGUGGUCCGUACACCGGCCAUGUCCAUGCCACAGAUGAUGCAGGUACUCAAGCAGCAGCAAACGAAGCUAAAGAACGUCGAACAGAAGAUUCGCAGCUAUUCAAAGCCCUCGAAUCUGGCCGAUGACUCGCUGGAGCACUGUCGCAACACCCCCGAAUAUGUCCAGAAGCUGCGCGCCAUUAUCCGAGCCAUCGACAACAUUGGGCGCGACAACGGCUUCCGCACCUGCUCCAUGGAACAGCUCGAGAGCUUCAUGUAUUUCCUCAGCGAAUAUGCGGAUGUUUGUUUGGCAAACUGCAGCGAGCAUAUGGAUAAGAUCUUGGACACUCUGCUCGAUCGUCGCUCAGUGGAGGUCUGAGAAAAUAUGGGACAUAAUGCCCUCUACAAUUGUAAUAUGUCUUUAGAUUAAGCAUUUGCCUACAAAUUAGUUUUGUAAGCAACAACAUUUAAUGUUACAAAUAUUGUAUUUUUUU